UACCGGUAGGAUUCGGGACGCCAGGAUAUUCGCUGCUCGAUGAAUGAAACUGAACGGAAAACUUAAUUCAUUCAUUCAACUUUCCGAAGUAAUUUGACAGUGUUUGUCCAGCAUUACAUUCUAGCUUGCUAUACCAGGUACGUGUGCAUGUAUGUAACUGUAGCUGGAAGUAUUUUUACUUGAAAGGGUUUGCAUUCGUAUGUGCACGUGCAUUCCUCCAGCUGCAGUGCGUGUAUGUGUGUGAAGAGCCCGUGUGUGCCAUGUCAGUAUCAGUGAUCAUAAAGUGGGGAGGUCAGGAGUACUCCAUCAGUUCUCUGUCUGAGGAGGACACAGUGAUGGACCUGAAACAGUCCAUCAAGACCCUGACUGGGGUUCUGCCAGAGAGGCAAAAACUACUAGGACUCAAAGUCAAAGGUAAACCUGCAGAAGAUGAGGUGAAGCUGGGCUCUCUGAAGCUGAAGCCUAACACUAAGAUCAUGAUGAUGGGUACCAGAGAAGAGAGCCUGGAAGAGGUUUUAGCCCCUCCUCCGGAGAAUGAUGACGUGGUCAAUGAUUUUGACAUUGAGGAGGAGGUCAUUGAAGUGGAGAACAGAGAGGAAAAUCUAGCUAAGAUCGCCCGCAGAGUGAAAGACUACAAGGUAGAGGAAAUGAACCCUCCCAGAGAAGGCAAGGGGCUUCUGGUACUGGAUGUGGACUACACACUGUUCGAUCACAAGUCAUGUGCAGAAACGGGUCAGGAGCUGAUGAGACCGUACCUUCACGAGUUUCUGACGUCAGCGUACGAGGACUAUGACAUUGUCAUCUGGUCUGCUACAAGUAUGAAGUGGAUUGAUGCCAAAAUGAAAGAGCUGGGAGUAAUAGACAACCCUAAUUACAAGAUUACGUUCAUGUUGGACAGUGCAGCAAUGAUCACGGUACAUACCCCGAAGAGAGGGGUUGUGGAGGUGAAGCCCCUGGGCGUGAUAUGGGGGAAGUACGGUGAGUUUUACAACAGGAAGAACACCAUAAUGUUUGAUGACAUCGGCCGAAACUUCCUCAUGAACCCACAAAACGGACUAAAGAUUCGACCCUUCAUGAAGGCCCACCUUAACAGAGAGAAGGACAGGGAGCUCUAUAAACUGGCUCAGUACCUCAAAGAAAUCGCCAAGCUCGAGGACUUCAGCGGACUCAACCACAAACACUGGGAGAGGUACCUAUCUAAGAGGCAGCACCACUGAAAAGGGACGGCAUCCUGGGCAAAGACUUGAGAUGGACACUACCAUCCUAUCAUCUAGUUCUCUUGUACACAUGUACACACACACACAAACACACACACACACACACACACACACACACACACACACACCAUCCAACAGUAACCAUGCAGCCACCAACACUCAACAGCUCAGGUCUGAGAUGGGCUUCCCAAUUUGGACAUUUGCAUGUUCUGGCCCAAAUCUUGGAAUUAUGUUUUGCAUUCGUUACAAUAAUAAUGGCAGUUACCACACAUCCGUUUAGUGAUCAUAAAGUACACCUGUGUGGGUUAGUGUACGGGUCAACGGUGGCCAAUAAAAUGCUACACACCUCCUUCAGGCAGGAGUCUCAAAUACAUCUUACUUGAAUCUGCUUGGCCUUCCGCACAUAUGGAUAGGGUUUACGGCAUUCCCUCUUUAUAGGUAGUGUACUUUGCUCUGACUAUUAAUCCUUUCUGCUACACUAAGCAAGAAAACUGACACAAAUAUGAUUUCACCAGGGUAAAGGUCAUCAAGUUGUGUCCCACACCCUAUUGAGAUUAACCAUCAGAAAACAAUUAAUGCAAAAUUCUUAAUGUAAUGAAUUUACAAAAUGAAAGUAACAAAUGUUGAGUUCAACAAGAAGGAUACGUUUAACAAAUAGGAUUUUUACUGUAGUUCCUCUGGCAUGUUAAUUCUGACGGUAUUGAGAGUAAGGGUCAAACAAAUAUCUCCCUGAGAUUCUAACUGAUGCUUGCAACAACACAAUUUGAUUUGUGUGAUAAUAUGCAAUAAUCCUCAAUGUUACUGGGACAUUAACAGCCUUGAAAUUGAGAUCGGUUGUAUCGAAAAUAUCAGAGAAAUUGGGCAUGUUUUGAUGGAAAACUUGUAUGCCGGGGUCAGUGGACACAGGCCUGUGGGCUGGGGAGGUUUCAACGGUGUGUGUGCGCUUUGCCCAUUGUCACAUGCCAGGUCUGUUACAUACAAAGGAUUGACUUUAUAUUUCUUUUCUUUUUAUGUCAUGAAGAAAUCCUCAAUACAUAUUUGUGAGGUUACUUCAAAUGUUUAAGAACAAAAUGAUGACAAGGGAUGGUGCUGGGAAUGCAAGAAACUGACAGCACUUAAUGUGCUUUUUUUGGGGGGGGGGGCGGGGGUUUGGUAGCUGCUUUAUUAUUGAAAUUAAUUGUGUCUGCACUUACAUGGAUUUUAAGUUAUGAAUGAAAAAGAGUAAGGGAAAGUGCCCAUCUUUAUGAACAAGUAGCACCUGAAGCUCUUGGAAACAUCAGGGAUGUGAUUUUUUUUCAGAUUUUGUCAAGUUUACAGCUCUCUUGGACAUUUCACUCCUUUUUUCAUUUCAUGGCACGAUUUCUUGAGAUCUGUCUUUUUAUGUUUUCCUCAUCACAUCCCUGACAUCGUGGCUGUAAAUAUGACAAUAAACCUUUUUUUUGUACCUAAA